UCUUGCAGUGCCCGAUUCCCUAACCAGAACCAGACAAAGCACUGGUAUGCUCAAAACUAUGUCGACUACCACAAAUGCGUAAACGCCAAGGGAGAGGACUUUACCCCUUGCCAGCAGUUCAAGCGGGCAUACCGAUCGUUGUGUCCUAAUGAAUGGGCCGCAAAGUGGGACGAGCAGAUUGAGAACGGAACCUUCCCUGCGUCGCUGAAGCCAUAA